CUGGAUUGGUGCAGAUUGGUGCUGAACUGGGCGGAAUCUAUCUCCUUAUUUGGUUUGGUUCCCGGAUGCAGCCAGUAGGCUGCAGGAUCUAAGGCCCAUAUCAAAUAUGGCAACGGGACUGCCUGAAAUAAGAAAACAGAGGGAAUUCUAUCACAAAUUGGGUAUGGAUGUACCAGGGGACAUCAAAGGGGAGACUGGUUCUUCAAAACAGUUCUUAGAUUCACAUCCAAAUGGUGAAAUUAAAACAGAUGAAAAUUUUCACAGAGGUACAUUAGAAGAGAAACAAGAAGAGGCCAAUGAUUACCAUAGGAGCGAUGAACAGGUAAGCAUCUGUUUGGAAUGCAAUAGCAGCAAAUUGCGUGGUUUGAAGCGAAAAUGGAUCCGCUGUUCAGCCCAAGCAACAGUUUUACAUCUAAAGAAGUUUAUUGCCAAAAAACUUAAACUUUCAUCUUUUAAUGAGCUAGACAUAUUAUGCAAUGAAGAAAUUCUUGGCAAGGACCACACUCUCAAAUUUGUAGUUGUUACUAGAUGGAGAUUUAAGAAAGCGCCACUCUUACUACAUUACAGGCCCAAAAUGGAUUUGCUGUAAAAUAACUUUGUAAUUCUUCUGGGUAGAAUUGUUUCCAGAGACUAUCAUUCAUACCCUCUUAGUGUAUCAUUUAACUAAUUUGUCAUACAAAAUGGAAGAAUAAGUAUGAAGAUGACUUCUUCUGAAUAUUUCUUGUAGGUGGUAUGUGACCAGAUUUCUCUGUGCAACAACUAUUUAUAUCCUUUCUAUUAAAAUAAAAUUUCAAAACUCAACAAGUUCAGAGUACAGAUAAUGA